ACACCAUCAAUUUCUUCGGCGAGCCUCAUCCAGCAUAUUGUCAUUCAAUUUUCGCCGCAAAAACCCAGUUAUAAUCCCCUCAGCGCGAACCAUGGAGGUCCAGCUUCUGCAUUCUUCCAUAUGCCCAAACCGCCCCAUUGUCUUCGUCGCUAACCGCCCCAUUGUCUCCGUCGCUAACCGCCCGGAGGCUCAUCGGCUCGCUUUUGUCCAGAGCUGUUUCUCCUCCUCUGCCGGCACCGGAAGCAGGGUCAAAUGUGGAGAAAAUAGCGACACUGCCAUCACGCCUCCCAAGGCUACUCAGCAGAGGAAAUCUUAUCCUUUUGGUGAGAUUGAACCUCGGUGGCAGCGCUACUGGGAGGAGAACCGAACGUUCCGCACGCCGGAUGAAGUAGAUAUGUCCAAGCCCAAGUGUUACAUUCUUGAUAUGUUCCCUUAUCCGAGUGGUGCUGGAUUACAUGUUGGUCAUCCCCUAGGCUACACCGCAACAGACAUUUUAGCACGAUACAAGCGCAUGAAAGGAUUCAAUGUUUUGCACCCAAUGGGUUGGGAUGCAUUUGGCCUUCCAGCUGAACAAUAUGCCAUUGAGACAGGUACCCAUCCCAAGGUCACAACGAUGCAUAACAUUAGACGGUUUCGAUCCCAGCUCAAGUCAUUAGGAUUUUCUUAUGACUGGGAUCGUGAAAUAUCCACCGCAGAACCUGAAUAUUACAAAUGGACACAAUGGAUUUUCCUUCAGCUUUUAAAGAAAGGACUUGCAUACCAGGCUGAAGUUCCUGUUAAUUGGUGCCCUAUUUUGGGAACUGUUUUGGCUAAUGAAGAGGUUGUGAAUGGUGUUAGCGAGCGUGGUGGCCAUCCUGUGAUUAGAAAGCCCAUGCGUCAAUGGAUGCUUAAGAUAACUACUUAUGCUGAUCGUCUGUUAGAGGAUUUGGAAGAACUUGAGUGGCCAGAAAGUAUCAAGGAAAUGCAGCGAAACUGGAUAGGCCGUUCUGAAGGCGCUGAGCUAGAAUUUAACAUACUUGAUUCGGAUGGGCGUGAACUAGGUGUAAAAUUGUCAGCUUAUACUACUAGACCAGAUACUAUCUUUGGUGUAACUUAUCUGGUAGCUGCCCCUGAAUAUUCUUUGUUGUAUUCAAUAGUAUCUAAGGAGCAGCUGAAAUAUGUAGAGAAAUACUGUGAAUUGGCUGCUAGAAAAAGUGAACUCGAGAGAACUGAUCUGCAGAAGGAAAAAACUGGUGUAUUUAGUGGUUCAUAUGCCAAGAAUCCAGCUACUGGUGCUGUCAUUCCAGUGUGGAUAGCUGAUUAUGUUUUGGGAAGUUAUGGCACUGGAGCAAUAAUGGCUGUCCCAGCACAUGAUUUUCGUGACCAUGAGUUUGCCUUGAAAUACCAUAUAUCAAUUAUUAAGGUUUUGAACCCAUUUGAAGCAAGUAAUGUGCUUGAUGAGCCAUAUACUGGGGAUGGUUUUGCUAUAAACUCAUCAAAUCAAAUGUCUGGUCUGGAUAUCAAUGGAUUGUCAUGCAAGGAAGCUGCUUCUAAAGUCGUUGAUUGGCUUGAAAGUUCAGGUCAUGGGAAGAAAAAGGUGAAUUAUAAGCUGAGAGAUUGGCUUUUUUCUAGACAACGUUACUGGGGAGAACCUUUCCCGGUUAUUUUCUUGGAUGAUACUGGCGAAAUUGUCCCUCUUCCAGAAAAUGAACUGCCCGUGAAAUUGCCUUAUUUGGAUGAUUUUACACCUACUGGUACGGGAGAGCCACCCUUGACUAAAGCCACAAGUUGGGUAAAAACCGUGGAUCCUUUUUCUCAUAGGCCUGCUAGGAGAGAAACGAACACUAUGCCACAAUGGGCUGGAUCUUGUUGGUACUAUUUGAGGUUUAUCGAUCCAAAUAACUCGACGGCAUUGGUUGACAGGUCUAAGGAAAGAUACUGGGGCCCUGUGGAUAUUUAUGUCGGUGGCGCUGAGCAUUCUGUUCUCCACUUGCUUUAUGCUAGGUUUUGGCACAAGGUUCUUUAUGAUAUUGGUGUUGUUUCUACCAAAGAGCCCUUUCAUUGCCUUAUAAAUCAAGGUUUGAUACUUGGAGAAAUUGAGUAUACAGCAUAUAAAGACAAAGAUGGGAAAUUAGUGUCUGCUGAUUCUGAUUUGAAUCCUAGUGAUCAUAUACAAGAUAAAAUAUCUGCCGAAAAGGUAAUCAAAAUUGGUGACUUCCAUGUGCUGAAGGAUAAUACAAAUAUCCGAUUGACUUCUAGAGCUUAUAAAAUGAGCAAAAGCAGAGGGAAUGUCAUAAACCCAGAUGAUGUUGUUUCUGAAUAUGGUGCAGAUUCCCUUCGCUUGUAUGAAAUGUUCAUGGGCCCUUUAAGAGAUUCAAAAUCAUGGAGCACUGGUGGGAUUGAAGGAGUUCAUCGGUUUUUGGCAAGGACUUGGAGGUUGAUUGUGGGCGCUCCUUUGCUCACUGGGUUGUAUAAAGAUGGAACAGUUGUUACUGAUGAUGAGCCUACUUUGGACCAGCUCCAAUCUCUUCAUAGAUGUAUUGCAAAGGUAUCCGAAGAAAUCAAGGCAACUAGAUUCAAUACUGGAAUUUCUGCAAUGAUGGAGUUCAUUAAUAUUGCAUAUAAGUGGGAUAGACAUCCAAAAUCCGUUAUUGAGCCAUUUGUUCUACUCCUUUCACCAUAUGCACCUCACAUAGCAGAGGAACUAUGGUCUCGCUUGGGGAAUUCAAAAUCAUUGGCUUAUGAGCAUUUUCCAGAGGCAAAGAGUGAGUAUUUGAGUGAUUCAAGAAUUGUGCUUCCUGUUCAAAUCAAUGGGAAGACCAGGGCAACUAUCAUGGUUGAUGAAGCUUGUUCAGAGGAUCAGGCUUUCAGAUUAGCAUUGUCAGAUGCGAAACUUUCCAAGUUUUUGCUCGGAAAGACAGUAAAGAGAAGGAUAUAUGUGCCUCGGAGGAUUUUGAAUGUUAUCUUGGAAACUCAGAUGACUGGAUCAUGAUACCUGAUUAUUAUUUAUCCUCGAUGUAUAAUGUUUUUGUUAUGUAGCUUUAAUAUUUAUGCAAUAUCAAUGUUGACAUUUUGGAUUAAUUUUAAUUGAUCCCCUUUCAGUGCUUGCUCA